GAAGCUGCACCCUUAGGGAGCAACUCACCUCUGGCCUGGUUGCUGCAGGCUACUGCCUGGAGCUUGCAAAUGAGUCGACAGCUUAAGAAGAAAAAACCCAACAGAGUCACCUUUGCACAGUACUUUGACCAUGAAUCCUGGAGUCCUAACUUGACAGGAUUGCACCAAUCUGAAAGAGAAGCCUGUCAGCUCAUUUUGGAAUUUCUAGCUCAACAAUAUGUGUCCGAGUUUGACAAGCUGAAGUUCCUGAAGGCUGUGGAGAUCUUGACUGGCGCUGUUCAUGCCCAGGCACAUGGCAAUAUGAAUGAUUACUUUCCCAAAGCUGUUCUGGCCAGGAGAAUUGAGACACUAAUCCUCGAAGAGUCCACUGAGAUCCUGGUCAGCAGCGUGCGUGUGAAAGCUAUGCUCUGCAUCGUGGCCCUGAGCCAGGUGCACCCACCAUUCUACUUAUGCCAGAAAGUGAACCUGGCGAGCGCUGCUAUCACCAGCAUUUUCCCUCUGCCGCUAACCCUCCCCUCCCUCGACCAGAAGGAGAAAGUCAGUCUCUACAUCCAGACCACGCAGGCCUUAGACGAAAUGUUACAAGCUCUCCUGAUGGACAACAUGGACCCUGAUAUGAUCACGCUGCAGAACUUCCUGGAGGUCCUCUUGCCUUGGUUAACGGAGUCAGAGAAAGAACAUGAACAGACCCGGGCCUUGGGCACUGUUGCCCGACUGCUGAGGUUUAUUUGCAAUUUCCCUGAACUGAAGGCCCUGCCCCUUAAUUGUUGCUUUUGGAUUGGAGGUGUGAAACAGAAAACAGAGACCAUCUUGAAGGAUUUGCAGAAGCAUUUCCGUGGGGAAUGGUUUGCCAACCUACAGGAUCUCACAAUGUUCUUCAAGAGAUACCUGACACCCAUUGAGAGAGCAGAUGUGAUAAUGGUAUCAUUGGAGACCAUGACCAGCGCCAACACUCAUGACAUCUGGGGGGCUUCCAAGAUGCUGAAGAUGCUCAUGAAGCACUCUGUACCAGAGAUUGGGAAGGUGCAGGACAUCAUUCAGUUCAUUUACUACAACAUGAACGGCAUCACUGAGCCUGCAGCCCAAUCCACCAUACAGAAGUUCUUCUACUCGCUGGCCCACACCUACACCGAUGAAGUUAUCCUGACCCUGUUUAGGAUGGAGGAUGAGUCGCAAAGAGGGGUUCGCAAGCCCUGGGAGAUCCUGGCAUCUUUCCCCAAAGGCUAUGAGGUGAUCAUGGAGCACCUGCUGCAGAGGCUGACUCCGCACCAGGAACCGAGGGACCAGGAGAUGUGCCCCAGAGUUCUGCUCUCUCCGUUGAUUGCCACCAGGGCCAUCCACGAACUCCUUCUGGAACCGAGUCGGCGGAUGGAGGUGCAGAGUUUGUUCCCCUCCCUGUUCACGGCCCUGCUGUUCCGGGUCUCAUUUCUUGUGGUUGAAGAGGACACUGAAGCGCUCCAGGAGCAGCAGCAGGAUGCUGAGUGGAUGGACCCUGUAAGUUGUACCGUGGAGGCCCUGAAGAUGUUGAUGAGAAGCACGGGUUAUGGGGACCAUGUGUCUUAUGUUCAGAAAGUCGGGGGCUGGGAACUGCUCACCAGUCCUGAAAGACACUACGAAGGAGUCACUCAGCUGGCCAGGGCCCUGGUCAUCAGGAACUGUUGGCACAACCGCCCCAUCUUCAGUGUUCUCAUCAACAUCCUCCAGAGACAGGACUACACGAAUCAUUUCACAGCCCUGGUGUUCCUGACCGAGCUGCUCCAAUGCCCGCAUGUGGCGGCCAUUGUGGAUGACACCACUGUCCGCAUCCUGGGGAACUGGUUCAAGUGCAAGGAGCCAGCCACGGUGAAGCUCUUGCUGCAGAUAGUGCAGAUCUUUGCAAAGCAUGGAAACAUGGCACGACAGCUGUCCCUCCUGCAGCCCUACGUGCUCAACUGCUGCUACACCCUGGGCAGCAACCUGGUCCUGGAGACGCUGCUGGCGCUGCGGUGUCUGGUGGAGCACCUCACCUGGCAGCACUCCUCCUCCUUCCUCACGCAGAUCUCCUUCAUCCUCACACCCUUCUUCGAAGAGGAUUCAGAGACUGUGCGCCUGACGGCCUUUGAGAUCUAUGGGACUCUCUUGAACAAGAUCAAGAGGAGUGUCUUGGUGUUCCCCCUCAGACACCAGGUCCUCAACUUGAUAGUCGUCCUCGUGCUCCACCUGGUGGACGUGAAUGCCGAUGUGGCUCAGAUCUGCCGACCCACCCUCUGCCACACAGCCACCAUACUGGGCUGGUCCAAGCUCAAAACCAUAUUUGCCGAGAAAGAUGUGUGGACGAUCCUCAGAGCUCUGCUGGAGCAGGAGACCAGCAGAGCCUCCUGGUUUCUGAAGCAGAGCGUGACCCUCUUCAAGAGCCCCCAGCCCACCAUCCGCCAGGCAGCCGUGUGGUUUGCAGGCCAGAUUAUCCAAACCCUGUCCAAGGAGGAUGUCAGCGACAUUGAGGCGGAGUAUUCAGCCCUCAGGGACAUGCAGACAGACCCUGACCCCACCAUCAGCUGCCUUGCAACACAGACCCUCUACAUCCUGGAAGCAAGGGAGAAGAUGCCAGCCCAGACCUCGACCUCCUGCUUCUGCGGCAGAAGGUCUCGAAAGAGCCGCUUCUGAGCCCUGUCUACUCUGUGACUCUGUCCUGGGUGCGUGACAGCACCAGGAUCCCGAGUCCUGCACUGAGGGUGAGGAUGUGGCCCAGCGGGACAUUUCUAAUAAAAGGUGUGC